GGAAAAGGCGGGAGAAGAUUACCGCUUCCGCGCGCGCGCAGCACGGCACAGCCACAACAACACGGCAGACGGCAGGACGGCAAAAUGGACGAUAAGUUGAUAAUGUCUGUAUUUAAUUUCCCCGAGCUCUAUAACGUAACUUUACCGACUUACCGCUGCACAGAAACUCGAAUAAAUGCCUGGAGAAGCAUCAGCACCCUAAUGGGGGUCCCAUCUGAAGAAUGCAAAAGAAGAUGGAAGAAUAUGAGAGACCGUUAUUUAAAGGAGGUUCGAACGGAGCUCAAGAGCAAGCAGCAAGGGGAGCUGGUUCCCAGUCGAUGGAAAUACAGACAGCGGCUCAACUUCCUUGCCCCUUUUACCGGCACAAGAAACGGCAUAUCAGAGAACUUCAUCAACAACAACGGGGAAGACCACUCCCCUCCUGACCUGGACACCCUGGCCGCAGACAGCCCCAUGUCCCCUGCCCCAACGAGGAGGACCCGCGCCAUCGCAAAGGCCCCCGCGACCCAGCCAGAGUCCCAGUCCCAGGCAGCGUUUGCGACCCCGUCCUCUUCACCCGAGUCACAGAACAACCAGUGGGGGACGCUUGGCGCUACUGGGAAAAAGAGGAAGGACUUGGCGAAAGAAACAUUAGCCUCUGCUGAUGGCGUGGCACCUUCAAAAAAGUCAGUGGGCAGGACACAGGACGAGGACGAACUGUUUCUGCUCAGCUUUGUUCCCACCUUGAAGCGCCUUGCUCCUCAAAAAAGAUGCGAGACUAAAAUGAAGAUCCAGCAGAUCCUGUAUGAGGCUGAAUUCAGCCUACCAGAGCUUGCUCCAAAGAGAGAAUCAAUAAAAUUAAAUUAAAUGAGGACAGUGGGAUGUGAUCUUUGAGUUAUCUCAAAGAAUGUGUUUAUUUUGGCCUGUUGUUGAUUUAGUAAGAUGAUUAUUAGAAAUCCCAACUCAUCUCAUAUUAAACUAGGCGCAAUGGUUGCAAUUGGUUUCAGGAUUCAACAAAACUUCACGUGCACAAAUCGCAUAUUUACUUCAUUUUUAUUCAGAGCACAUUGCUUUUGACAGAUUUAGACAUUCAUUUUCAAGCAUCUUUUCAAAAUGUUCAACUAUCUUCCAACUGUAUUACUUUAAAGUUCAGUGACUGUUAAAGCGACAUCACAUCGAAUACUGUUAAAACAUACUGUUACAAUUAGUUUUCAUUAACCCAUCUUACAUUUUUGUUUUUUUAAUCAACUAAAUGACUAUGUAGGCUUAUAUGCUUAUCAUUAAUCAGUGGGCCUUUUUUUGGAAAACCAAACCCCAAUAGUUUACAUUUUGCUAACAAAGGUUGUGAUUUAAAGUCCAUAUUUUUAUAGAAAUCCAAAUCGUUUUUCUAUAUUAAAAUGUGUUUGAGGCAUA